UGAAUGUGACCUCAGUGAGCUGAUCACAGCUUUGGAGAGACGAGUUUACUGCUGACUGGAAAACACCAGAAAGCACCUCAUGGCUUGAGGAACACUCCUGAAUGCAGCGGAACUCUGAAGGUGUGCCUCAUCAAAGAGCCUCUGAUGUGAAUAUUCUGUAGAGUUGAGAUUCUCCACAAUGGACUGGACGCGUCUGAGCUGCAUUUUGUUAUCUCACUUCUGAGUCGAGUUCUAUGGUGUGUUCCCCUGGACUGUGGACCAGCUAAUCACAUUAACACCGGGCAACCAUGUCUGACGAGGGACAUCGAGUGAGGACUGCUGGCAUGACGUCUUUGAACAGGAGUACGGGCGAGUUCAGGUCAUCUGCUAUUACCACUGACCUCUGUCAGCUUCUGGGUAACAACUCCAACAACUGCAGCAGCAGCGAGGAUGGAAACGUGACUCUGGGGUCACUUCGUGUGACCUCUGGCUCCACGCAGAAGAACUGGGUGGCACUGCUGAUCCUGCUGGCCAUCAUCGUCACGGUAACAGGGAACAUCUUGGUCAUCAUGGCAGUGAGCUUGGAGAGGAAGCUGCAGAACGCCACCAACUACUUCUUGAUGUCGCUGGCCAUCACGGACAUGCUCCUGGGCCUGCUGGUCAUGCCUGUUGCCAUGGUGACGAUACUUUACAAUUACACAUGGCCCUUCCCCUUUGCUCUGUGUCCUGUCUGGAUCUACCUGGAUGUACUGUUCUCCACGGCCUCCAUCAUGCACCUCUGUGCCAUCUCUUUAGACCGCUACAUCGCCAUCCGCAAUCCCAUCCAACACAGCCGCAGCAACUCCCGCGCCCGAGCCCGGGUCAAGAUCACUGCAGCCUGGACCAUCUCAGUAGGAAUAUCUAUGCCAGUUCCUGUCCUUGGCCUCCACGACCACUCCAAAGUCUACCAGGAUGGCAGCUGCCAGCUUACAGACAACAGCUUUGUUCUGGUCGGUUCCUUCGUGGCGUUCUUUGUGCCCCUCCUCAUCAUGGUGGUUACAUACUUCCUUACUAUCAGUGCUCUGCAGAGCCAGGCUACAAUGUGCUUGGACCAGCUCAUGGUGCGUCCCAAAUGGCUGUCCAUGCUGGAGCUGCUGCCGAGAGGCUCAAUGUCCUCUGAGCGUCUUUUUGCCCGGGGAUCCCUCUGUCCUGACUCCAUUGUUGGGACCUCCAGGCCCUUUGGCCGACGCACCAUGCAGUCCAUCAGCAAUGAGCAAAAGGCCUCCAAGGUUCUGGGUGUGGUUUUCUUCCUGUUUGUCAUCAUGUGGUGCCCGUUCUUCAUCACCAAUGUCAUGGCAGUGGUCUGUGACUCCUCAGCCUGUGACCCAACACUCAUGGCUGGACUGCUAAAUGUCUUUGUGUGGGUGGGCUACCUCUCAUCCGCCGUCAACCCGCUGGUCUAUACGCUAUUCAACAAGACAUACCGAGCUGCAUUUUCCCGCUACAUGCGAUGCCAUUACCGGGAGAAGAGGAGGCCACUGCAGGUCAUCCUGGUAAACACCAUCCCUCCUCUGGCCUUUGACUCCUCAAAGCUCCCCCUACAGGGAAGCAUCUCUUUGAGACGGUCAACAGAGGGCAGCAGAUCAGGGGGAUCCCCCACUAUGAACCAGACAGAGUCUACUAAUUCACAAAACAAGUGUGAAACAGAUGAAAGGGUGAGUCAUGUGUGAAGCUGGAAUAGUCGCCCAUAAUGUCUGACUCCAAUCAGCAGCAGUUCUAUACUUGCAGUUUUAGGGCAUGUUGUUGUUUUUAGGCUUGCAUAAUUUGCAGUUAGAACACCUGUUACUGAAGCCACCAGGGUUGCCACCCAUCAGGAUUUCCCUGGAUUGUCCAUAUUUUUGGUUGCCUGUACAGGUAAAAAAAUAAUUAUAUUCCUGGAUUUUUAUCCAGUCAUAUCAUCCGCAUAAAAAGAAUGGGUUUGAUUAGUUAGCCUACCUUCAACGUAGCAACAGUUUUUGGGAAAGGAAUUUUGGGAAUUAGGAACUAGGUAGGACCUCAAAAAGGUGACUUAAAGGUUAGGCUCUCUAACUGACCUGACAUCUAUCCACUUCAGAUCAAGCCAUGGCUUGAGUUGUACCAGCAUUUUACAGGGCUGAUGUUGCAACCCUAGCAGGUACGGUUAAGUCAAGGUAGCUAACCUAAUUAUUAACAAAAAUAAAUGAUAAACUCUUUAAUACAAAGGAAGACAUCCUGAAAUGAUCGAUGCGACUAUCAAGUGGAGGUUUACAGGACAUUUAAAAGUUAUGCUAGCCAGUUAACUACCUAAGUGUUAUGCCAGCACAAGACGUUAGUGGGCAAAAGUCUAAGCCAUGUCAUGCCUUGAAACUUCAAUCUACUGCUCUAGAACUGUUGGCUCUCCAGGUCUGCAGAUAUAUAUCUUGGAAUGGUGGCUUUCUGUUUAAGGACAUGCCCAGUUAAAAUGCUAGCAAUAUCUACUAAUGCCACGUUCAGGAAUUGCUGAAACAGUGCCACGGCUUUCCCACCACUCAGACUGACAGGAUGUGCAAUUAAAUCAUAUUUUUUACGUGGAUACAGUCCUACAGCAGUUUUGUUUGAAGAGCGUUGCCAUUGCAGCAGUUCCUAGGAUGUCAAGACUGAUUUGUGUUUCCCACAUUUUGCAACAUGACAUGAGCUGGUGGAGCAGGUCUGAUCCCUCUGCCCUUUAGUGAAUGUAACACUACAAAGUGUCUGGCUGGAAAUGAUGGGACAUUUGCUUUGAAAUUCUUGGAUUUUACUGCCUCAUUAUUUAUUAAGACCUGAAACAGAGCACUGAAAUUGUGUCUCAACAUUUCUUCGUCUGCGCUGCCAGCUGAAGGCCAUGGGAGUGCCGGCUUCAAUUGAAUAGCCUUCCAAGCUGUCCAGCCAACUGACCUUCUUUUUUCAUAAAAUCUCCAUCUGGUUAUAUUUUCUAAGGGAUUUAUAUUACAUUUUCAGGAUGAACAAGAGGCUACUGAUUCUGAGUGUAUUUAUGUUGAUUAUCUUUUCACAGUGAGUGGUCAGUACCCAGGGAAACCUGACAUUAAAGAAUUUCAAAAGAUUUUCUUGAUUAAUACUCUGGGAAUGAAUACUUUAACAAAUUCUAUGUGGAAUUAUGAAGACGUAUGUAUAUUGUUUAAAUGUGUGUAUGUAAAUAAAUAGACUG